UCUCAGACAUGCUGCAAGUUGUUCUUGAGAUCAGAGUUCACAUCACGUUUUUCUUUGGAGGGAGCGAGUAGAUAAUUGGGAUUAUUAUUAUUUUUUCUUCUUCUUCUAUUUCUUUGAUCCUUCUUCUUCGUCUUGGUCUCAUGGCCUUGAACCCGCAGUGAAUUGAAGAGAGAAAGAAAUGGAUAUGUCUGACCCCAAUUUUUGGACUGUGCUCUCAAACUUUACGUUGCCUCACUUGAGGAGUGGAAACAGGCUUCGGCGAACACAAAGUUGCCGAACAAGUAACCGGAAAAGCUUGAUAGGCAAUGGCCAGUCACCAGCAUUGCCUCGACCACACUCACCUCUCUCUGCUCAUGCAGGAAAUAGCCCUCAAGAUAGCCCAAGAAAUUUCUCCCCCAGUGCCUCAGCCCAUUUUUCAUUUGCACGGAGGACUGAUGGACGCCGCUGGUCGUUGGCUUCUCUACCCUCCUCUGGUUAUGGGACAAACACACCCAGCUCUACUGUCUCUUCAUCCUGUUCUUCUCAGGAGAAGUUGCAUCAGUUACCAUACCAACCAACACCAGAUGAAUUACACUUCUUGUCAAAACAUUUUUGUACCACAGAAAGCAUUGCCACUGAGAACAGAUGCAGAAACACGCCGAUGCGCCCCCGUUCCCGAAGUCUCAGCCCUGGACGUUCCCCUGCCUGCUGUGACCAUGAAAUAAUUAUGAUGAACCAUGUCUACAAAGAAAGGUUCCCAAAGGCUACUGCUCAAAUGGAAGAGCGUCUGAAGGAAAUUAUCACUAGCUACUCCCCUGACAACGUUCUUCCCUUAGCAGAUGGAGUGCUUAGCUUCACUCACCAUCAGAUUAUUGAACUGGCUCGAGAUUGUUUGGAUAAAUCUCACCAGGGUCUUAUCACCUCACGGUACUUCCUUGAAUUGCAGCACAAAUUAGACAAGUUGCUACAGGAGGCCCACGAUCGCUCUGAAAGCGGAGAAUUGGCAUUUAUUAAACAGCUAGUCCGAAAGAUCCUAAUUGUUAUUGCCCGCCCUGCUCGUUUAUUGGAGUGCCUGGAAUUUGAUCCUGAAGAAUUUUACUAUCUAUUGGAAGCAGCAGAAGGCCAUGCAAAAGAAGGUCAGGGCAUCAAAACUGACAUUCCCAGGUACAUCAUCAGCCAGCUGGGGCUCAAUAAGGACCCUUUGGAAGAAAUGGCUCAGUUGGGAAACUAUGAUAGUGGCACAGCAGAAACACCAGAGACGGAUGAAUCAGUGAGUAGUUCCAAUACUUCCCUGAAACUGCGAAGGAAACCUCGAGAAAGUGAUUUUGAAACAAUUAAAUUGAUUAGCAAUGGAGCCUAUGGGGCAGUCUACUUUGUCCGGCAUAAGGAAUCUCGGCAGAGAUUUGCCAUGAAGAAGAUUAAUAAACAGAACCUCAUCCUUCGAAACCAGAUCCAGCAGGCCUUUGUGGAACGAGACAUCCUGACUUUUGCAGAAAACCCCUUUGUGGUCAGCAUGUAUUGCUCCUUUGAAACAAGGCGCCAUUUGUGCAUGGUCAUGGAAUAUGUAGAAGGGGGAGACUGUGCUACUUUAAUGAAAAACAUGGGUCCUCUUCCAGUUGAUAUGGCCAGGAUGUACUUUGCUGAGACAGUCUUGGCCUUGGAAUAUCUGCAUAACUAUGGAAUUGUACACAGGGAUUUGAAACCGGACAACUUGUUGGUUACCUCCAUGGGGCACAUCAAGCUGACAGAUUUUGGCUUAUCUAAGGUGGGACUGAUGAGCAUGACUACCAAUCUUUAUGAGGGUCAUAUUGAGAAGGAUGCGCGAGAGUUCCUGGAUAAACAGGUUUGUGGCACACCUGAAUAUAUUGCUCCAGAAGUGAUCCUGAGACAAGGCUAUGGGAAGCCAGUAGACUGGUGGGCCAUGGGAAUUAUCCUCUAUGAAUUUCUAGUUGGAUGCGUACCAUUCUUUGGGGACACCCCCGAAGAGCUAUUUGGACAAGUCAUCAGUGAUGAAAUCAAUUGGCCUGAAAAGGAUGAGGCCCCCCCACCGGAUGCCCAGGAUCUGAUUACUUUGCUGCUCAGGCAGAAUCCCCUGGAGAGGCUGGGAACAGGUGGAGCUUAUGAAGUCAAGCAGCAUCGCUUCUUCCGCUCUUUAGACUGGAACAGUUUGCUGAGACAGAAGGCAGAAUUCAUUCCCCAACUGGAAUCCGAGGAUGACACGAGUUAUUUUGAUACUCGAUCAGAGAAAUACCAUCACAUGGAAACAGAGGAAGAAGAUGACACAAAUGAUGAAGAUUUCACCGUGGAAAUACGGCAGUUCUCCUCCUGUUCACACAGGUUCUCAAAAGUUUUCAGCAGUAUAGAUCGAAUAACUCAGAAUUCAGGAGAAGAAAAAGACGACUCUGGGGACAAAGCCAAAAGCACACCUUUGCCAUCCACGGAAACAUUAAGCUGGAGUUCGGAGUAUUCUGAAGUGCAACAGUUAUCAACCUCCAACUCUUCAGAUACUGAUAGUAGCAGACAUAAACUCAGCUCCGGCCUACUUCCCAAACUGGCUAUUUCAACAGAGGGAGAGCAAGAUCAAGCCACCCCCUGCCUUGGAGACCCCUGUGAGGAGCCUGAAAAGCCAGUUCUUCCUCCUGAAGAAUGUGCCCAAGAGGAGGCUGAGGUCACCACCCCAGCCAGCACUAUCAGCAGCUCCACCCUGUCAGAUAUGUUUGCUGUUUCUCCUCUGGGCAGUCCAAUGUCUCCCCACUCCUUGUCCUCGGACCCCUCAUCUUCGAGAGAUUCCUCGCCCAGCCGAGAUUCUUCAGCAGCUUCUGCAAGUCCCCAUCAGCCCAUUGUGAUCCACAGUUCAGGGAAGAACUACGGGUUCGCCAUCAGAGCCAUCCGGGUGUACGUGGGAGACAGCGACAUCUACACAGUACACCACAUCGUUUGGAAUGUAGAAGAAGGAAGUCCAGCAUGCCAGGCAGGACUGAAGGCUGGGGAUCUGAUCACGCACAUCAACGGAGAGCCCGUGCAUGGACUUGUCCACACGGAAGUUAUAGAGCUCCUAUUAAAGAGCGGAAAUAAGGUGUCAAUCACCACGACCCCAUUUGAAAACACAUCAAUCAAAACAGGACCAGCCAGAAGAAACAGCUAUAAGAGCCGGAUGGUGAGGCGGAGCAAGAAGUCUAAGAAGAAGGAAAGUCUAGAGAGGAGGAGAUCUCUUUUCAAAAAGCUAGCCAAGCAGCCCUCGCCUUUGCUCCACACCAGCCGCAGUUUCUCCUGCUUGAACCGGUCUCUGUCAUCAGGAGAGAGUCUCCCCGGCUCCCCGACACACAGCCUGUCCCCUCGCUCCCCUACCCCUAGCUACCGCUCCACCCCUGACUUCCCAUCCGGUACGAAUUCCUCCCAGAGCAGCUCCCCCAGUUCUAGCGCUCCCAACUCCCCAGCAGGGUCUGGGCACAUCCGCCCAAGCACUCUCCAUGGCCUGGCCCCCAAACUCAGUGGGCAGCGGUACCGCUCUGGAAGACGGAAGUCGGCUGGCAGCAUCCCGUUGUCCCCACUGGCCAGGACACCCUCUCCCACCCCCCAGCCCACCUCCCCUCAGCGCUCACCAUCCCCUCUGCUGGGACACUCACUGGGCAAUGCCAAGAUGGCACAAGCCUUUCCUGGCAAGAUGCACUCUCCUCCCACCAUCGUGAGGCACAUCGUGAGGCCCAAGAGUGCCGAGCCCCCCCGCUCCCCGCUGCUCAAGCGGGUGCAGUCCGAGGAGAAACUCUCCCCUUCCUACAGCAGUGACAAGAAGCACCUGUGCUCCCGCAAGCACAGCCUGGAGGUGACCCAGGAGGAAGUGCAGCGGGAGCAGUCCCAGCGAGAGAUGACCCUGCAGAGCCUGGAGGAAAACGUGUGUGAUGCCCCGUCGCUCAGCCGUGCCCGGCCUGUGGAACAAGGCUGCCUGAAACGCCCCGUGUCCCGGAAGUUGGGCCGGCAGGAAUCUGUGGAUGACCUAGACAGGGACAGACUGAAGGCCAAAGUGGUCGUGAAGAAACCAGAUGGCCUCCCAGAGAAACAAGACCCCCAUCAGAAAGCCCCCAGCCUCAACACUGAUUCAGAAAGUCAUGCUCUCUUCAGGCUAGAGGAGAGAGAGAAGAAAAGCUACCCCAAACCAUUAGAAAGGGCAGGUCAUUUUGAUAACAAAGCAGUGGAGGCCCCUUCUCUGGGCAGCCUGUUAAAAGAUGCUCUUCACAAGCAGGCCAGCGUGCGGGCCAGCGAGGGGGUGACUCUAGAUGGGACAGUGCCUGGCCACAGCCUGGCCCCUGGGGAGCAUGGUCACGGUACAGGUGACUUUAAACGGGCCUGCACCCCUACCACGCUCCAGGACGGGCUUUGUCACUCCCCUGAGAGGCCCGCCCCUGGGAAAGGGGAGAGCACAGAGAAGACCUCCCAGGCCAAGGAAUUCAUUCGAAAUGACAAGUUAGACGGCAAGCUGGCUAAUAUUGAUUACCUCCGAAAGAAAAUGUCCCUCGACGACAAAGACGAUAACCACUGCUCCAUGCUCAAGCCAAAGAUGACAUCCAAUACCCAUGAAUGCCCGGCGGGAAAUCCAGUCCGGCCUGCAAAUGGGCAUCAGGAGCCCGAGAACCGGGCAUAUGUCAGCAGUGCCCAUGUGGCUUCGAUGAGUGGUGUGCCCUUUGUUCCCCUCAAAGCCUUAGCUGGCCGGGGGGAUGGCGGAGCAGAGAAGCCAGGCUUGGCUACCCCCGAGUCGCCGGUCAGGAAGAGCCCCUCUGAGUAUAAGUUGGAAGGAAGGUCAGUUUCGUGCCUGAAGCCCAUCGAGGGCACACUGGACAUUGCUCUCCUAUCUGGACCUCAUGCUUCUAAGACACAGCUGCCUUCCCCAGAGCCUGCGCAGAGCCCCAGCCCAGGUGACGACAUGAAGCCCUCUGUGCCACUGGCCCUCGCUGGCAGCAGUGGCAAAAAGGGUGACCCUGCCAGCUUAAAGAUGAACAAGUCCUACCUGCUAGAGCCUCGGUUCCUCCCCCCUGCCCGGGGUCUCCAGAACUCACCAGCAGCUCCCUUGCCAGACUCAGACUUAAAACAAACCAGGAAAGUUGCCCAGGCUGCUGCCAGAAGCUCGGUGACAGUUGUGGAGAGUCAGCCCCAGCCGCGGGAGGGGAGUCCCAAACACCAGGACCGGUCCACAGACAUCAAGGUCAUGGCUAGCCCAGGGCAGACCCUGCAGAGCACUGACCCGGCCAGGCCAGGCGUCCCCCUCCCACCCAGAGAGGUCCUCCCAAGAGAGAAGCCAAGCCCGAAAGAGCGGUCUGAAAGGGGGCCGUCCACAGCCCGGAGUGAGCGUGCUAUCAUGAGGGCAGAGGUGCACCGAGAACCCUCAGUGGAGUUGUAUCCUCCAGAGACAGCUAAAGCCAGUGACAGUUCCAAAAAUCUGCCUUCGGGGGGAAGGACCCGCCCAGAUGUCUACAUGCAGACUCAGGCCAUGGAGAAAGCAUGGGGGCCUUGUGCAAAAACAAACCUGAAAGAUGAGGGGAGGGCCCUGGCCAAGGAGGACGCCUCCCCCUCAGCUGGGAGCCACUGUGAUAAAGAGGCGAGCAAGGGGAGACACAGCCUGAACCCCAAACCUGAAGUCCCUCCUGCCCGCUGUGCUCCAGAGCCUCCAGGAACUGAAAAGCUCCCUGCGUUCAUUCCUUUGCAGAAACAGAGUCCCAAGGAGCUAGAGAGGAAGGAACAGCCUCUUCAAAGGGUGAUCAGCAGUGGCCCUCAACUUGUCCUGACCACCAAAGAGCUGCCCAGCCCGGCCGCGUGGCAGCACUGCAAUAGUCCAAUCCCUGCUUCCGCCAGGGAACCUGGGACCAAGCCCGCUCCUGUAGAACCCGGUCCCUGCCUCCAGGACUCCUCCAGGCCUGCUGCUGUGCACACUGACAGCAGCAGCCACAAGCCCAGGCCCGGCCUUGACCCCAGCGCCCCCAAGCCCAAGCACCCAGACAGGCCCCUUUCAUCCCAGAAGCCAAGCGUUGGAGCUACAAAGGGCAAAGAGCCUGCCACGCAACCCCUGGCUGGCUCCAGCAGAGAGGGGAAAAGCACUAGCAAGUGUGUGGAUGUGUUUCUUGUUGUCCCAGCCACCCAGAGCAAAGCCAGUGAUGCGGUGGGCCAUGGAGAAGGGGGUCCUUCCAGUCCACUGCACGCUGAAGAGGGUCCUCCUGAGGCCAGGCUGAAAGCCACCAUUGGUGGACGGCCACUGGAUACACAAGAGAAGCCAGUGCAUUUGCCAAGGCAAGGCCACCUAGAGCUCGGCGAGGCCGUAGACCAGAAACUUCCCGCUGCCAGUGAAAAGCAAAGCUUGUCUCCAAAGCACCCCAAACCAUCCACUGUGAAAGACUGCCCCCCUCUGUGCAGACAAACAGAAAGAAGCCCCAAUCAGCAGGUCACCCCCACAGAUAGGAAGCCAGAAGGCAAGAAAUGCACAGAAGCACUUUAUGUUCCAGCAGCUGACAACAAGCUGGAAGCCAGCCUUUCCCACGGGCACGGGGACACACGGGCUAAAGGCUCAGAGAGGCCAGUCAUGGGCGUGGGGAAGGGCUUCCCAGAGGCCAAGGGGAAAACGCCUGCUUCUCAGAAGCCACCGGCUGAGGCUAGUAAGUCUAGUAGCAUGAAACGCUCAACUUCGGUCACUGGGCAAAGUAGCCUCCGCCCCGCCACCCUCCCAGAGAAGACUCUGAGCUUCUCCUCCAGUUUCCCUGAGAACCGGCCAGGCACGUCAGAAUCCACCACAGUCAGCACUGACCCCUCUCCCGCCAAGACCAAAGGGGUCACUCCUGAGACCGUAGGCCCCAGCCACAGAGACCACCGGAAGUCUCAGUCUGAGGAGGAUGGAAAAACCCAGAUGACCAAGAGUGACUCUUUGCCAACCUUCCGCCUCUCUGGCACUGCCCAAGAGUCUCACCACACUGACCCACACGUGCCAGGUGGACCUGGCCAUCGGCACAGGGCACUGUCAGUAACUGCCACCAUGGGAGAAGCCAAAGGGAGAGAGCCUGCCUCUGCCCAGCCUCCCCUGGCCAGGAAACAGAACACAGGCAGGGAGGUGACCAAGGCGCCCCCAGCCCCCAGCUCCGACCGCCCUCUCACCCUUUCCUCUGAGAAGGACUUUGUAGUACGGCAGAGGCGAGGCAAAGAGAGUUUGCGUAGCAGCCCUCACAAAAAAGCCUCCUAACAGGACAGGGCUCUGGGGACCCAGCCCGAACCUGGAAUUGAGUCUUGACCACCAAUGAAAACCAGCACUGUGUGGGGAUGUCCGCCAGGCAGAGCUUAGAGCCUCACGAAGCGGGAAGUGGAGGAUAGAGACAGAAAGAGGAAACCUCCUUCCAGAUGCCUUCCCAGGAGUAACCGGCGAAGCUUACCGGCUAGUGUUUGUAAGAAACGAGAUAGUAUACAGCACAGGUUGGUGAGGAGAGAGAUUGUCUCUGUAAAUACCUAGCAAUGUGUUUGGUUUGGGAUGUAGAGUCUAUACCUUGCUGCUGCAAUCGCAUCAUCGCCUACAACUUUUCUGAAUUAAGAUCUUUACCGCUAUCAUGUCGUAGUAAUGAAGUAUAAUGGUCAAAACUGGGUGUGUGUAAAACUAGAGAGACAUCCAUAUUCAUACAUGUACACAUUCACCUACAUGUUUUGGUCUGUGGUUUAAGACUAUUUCAAGGAUGUUUUUAUAAGUAGAGUUCAAGAUGAAAGAAAACCCUAAACACAGUAGAUUGUGAGUUUUUCAUGUGUAUUUUAAAGCAGAGUUUCUGAUAGUACUGUAUCUGGCUACCUAUUUCCAGAUCUAAAGCAAGAACUGCUCUGACUGCUGCAUUUGCAUUCCUCCAUUAAGAAUGGCCAGGGCAAAUGGAGCUAGCCAUUUACUUCACAGUCACCAUAGUGGGUAUUCUGGUCUUUGGGGCCAACUGUCCAAAGGGUCAGUUGUCUUUGUCUCUGAAUUCCAUGUUUGGUCUUCACAUGAGGACGAGCAGGGACUAAACACACAUCAGCUUUAUUUCUGUUCUUUCUUUCUCUUCUUUUCAAGCUCUUACACUCAGGCCUCUCUGCUGUGAGUGGCAAGUCCAACCACAUUUUGUGGUUCUGCACUAGCCUUGUUCUGGAGUAAAAAUUGCUGGCUGCACACAACUCUGCUAGUACUUAGGUCAAGUGAUAUAAGCAUCAGGCAUUGGAAGAGGUUUUAAAUUUGCUUUUUUUUUUUUGAGGAAAAGAAAUGGGGGGAGGUGGAUUUGGGCAUCAUAGCAUAUAUACUAAAGAAUAAUCAGGACAUCAGAUACAUUUUAAACAUAGCUGGGGCCUUAUGUUGUAGGUGAAACCUGCUGUUUUGAGCAAGUUUCCUGGGUUUCACAUUCGUUUCUGAUGCAUCGAGUAGCUCCAUACAGUUCAUAACACGAUCUCUUUAUUUGUAUGCAAAGAAAAAAAUUCUGUACUAAUAAAGAGCAGCAUUUUUGUAACAAAGACUUAAUGGAGCUAUUUGGUGCUUGAAUGUGACCAUCCUUUUUUACUUUUUGCUAAGCCUUAUUUAAAUUUUGUAUACCAUGAAAUGUGUAGAAUUUGUCAAACCAUUUUUAGUGCUGAGGGGUUUUUGAUUUUUUUGUUGUUGUUGUCGUUGCAGUUUGGGGGGUGGCUUGUUUUGAAUUGUAAGAUGGCACUUGCUGACAUAAGUACUAAGGCACUAAGAGACAAUGCAGAUAAGUAUUUAUUAGAUGUUUGGGAUCCUGGACAGGACUUUGGUUUUAUAAGAGGAAAAAAAUGACCAAUAAAUAACCAAUCUAGCACCAACUCCCCUCUCCCCUGGUGAUGUCUCAGUAUCUUUGUGCUAUAAAGUUGUUUAUGUAAGCACAGCAUCAUCGUACAGCCCUGUGGAUUAUAAAUCGUUUGGCAAGGCUGUAAACACUCCAAAAACAAAGACAUUACUGACUUUGCAGUUGUCCUUCCUUGUAAAGUAAGUUGGCAAUGGCAAAAAAAUAAUAAUAAUAAAGAAAAA